AUCCCUGUUGGGUGAUAGUCGAAGUUACGUUCAUUAAAAUGUCACACUGCCGUAAAUUGGGGCCAAAUAAUAAGGAUAUUGUAAUAUUUGCAACUAAAGAGGAUCACGCCGUUCCAAGUACGGUGUCUUUACCGGAACCAGAUCCGCAACCUGGAUUAAUUUUGCCUAACGGCGAUAUUAACUGGAAUUGUCCAUGUUUGGGAGGAAUGGCAACUGGUCCUUGUGGUAUCGAGUUUCGAAACGCAUUUAGUUGCUUUCAUUACUCAAAAGAAGAGCCUAAAGGUACCGACUGCUUUGAGCUUUUUAAAACUAUGCAAAAUUGCAUGCAAGACUAUCCAACGUUGUAUAACAAAGAUUUAGCUGAUGAUGAUGAGUUAAAUGAGGCAUUAGAUGAAUCGAAAAAUGUUACAGAAGAUAAUAAGGAAAAGAAAACCUAACAGCUCAAAUCCGUUAAGAUUUAUGUUAAUUUUAAGUAGUUACAGUUUUUAGAGCGAUUUGAUGUUACAGGAACUUCAGUUUGAAUAUUGCAAUAAAUAAAGAUUUCAAUUAUGUCAUGAG